AUGGCGAAUUCUCACGAACCUACGCCACCAUCCCUCCGGGAUUAUGGUGUUGCUGCACCCCAUGGCCCCAACAUGACCGGCGAGCACCAAGCUACUCAGGACAUUGACAUCCGUAACGACAUGAGCGCGAACGAGUCUAAUGUGUUUCAUGCCUUGCUUCACCCCGACGACCUUUACAAUGCCAACGGCACCUACUGGGCAGACAUGCCACUGGGCCAACGGGUCAAAUUCAUUGGACAAGUCGACAAAGCUGAAGCGAAAGCUGAAGCAACCUACUUCUGGGACAUGUUCAAGAAAGACCCACUUGCGCCUUUUGGUCACUACUUCCGAACCUGUGUAAUCCCUGGUAUGGGUCUUGGUCUCGAGGGUUACGUUCUGUUCUCCAUUGGUAACGUCAGACCUCUUCUGCAGGCUGCCUUCCCAGCAUGCUGGGGUAAGCACGAGAUUUGCGAUGAAACCUGGCUACAGGCUAUUGACUACCUCGAGAUUUGCGGUAUCAUUGUUGGUCAGAUCCUCGUUGGUAUUGUUGGUGAUUGGCUCGGCCGCCGCUUCGGCCUUAUCCAAGAUGCUGUUAUCAUGUUCGUCGGUCUCCUCAUGCUCACUGCUGCCUGGGGUGUCACCCAGAACGGAUGGGUCAUCUGCUACGUCUGGGCUCUAUUCUUCUACGGUAUCGGCGUUGGAGGCGAGUACCCCAUGACUGCGACUGCUGGUAUGGAGAACGCUGUCGGCUCCGGAAAAGUCUCUACCAAGGACGAUCGUCUUCACCGUGGCAGGAAAGUUACCAGUGCUUUCCUGAUGCAAGGUUGGGGACAAUUCUUCAACCAGGUCAUCCUGAUCAUCUUGCUCCUCAUCUUCCACGGCGGAUCAUCCCCCCCGUACUCGAAGACCUUGGCUCAAUGGACUUACCGUGUCUCCUUCGCCAUUCCUGCUGUCGGUACACUCUGGCUCGUCUACUUCCGUUACUACAAGAUGAAAUCGGCUUCGAGGCAGCUGGCGCUUUCCAAGAAGAAGUCGAACGUUACCGGCUACGACAUUCAGUCUUUGAAACUUACCUUUACAUACUUUGGACCCCGUCUUCUGGCUACUGCUGGCGCUUGGUUUGCCAACGACGUUUUCUUCUACGGCAACAAGCUUUUCCAGAACGAAUUCAUCAGCAUUAUUACGCCUGGCAACAAGUCUGUCAUGACCGGCUGGCUGUAUAACUUGAUCAACGUCGGUGUAUCGCUUUGUGGCUACUACCUCGCUUCCUUGCUUAUCGACAACAAGCUUUACGGGCGCAAAUGGAUGAUGAUCGUCGGUUUCCUGGCUGACUUUGUUCUCUUCAUCAUCCCCGGUUUCGCUCUGGACUACUUCACGUCGCCUGAGAACAUUCACGGUUUCCAAGCUAUGUACUUCUUGUCCUCGUUCUUCAACCAAUUCGGCCCCAACAGUGUCACUUUCCUUGUCGCUGCCGAGGUCUUCCCUACACCGGUCCGCGCCACCGCUCACGGUUUCAGUGCUGCUUGCGGUAAGGCUGGUGCCCUACUCGCCGCCGUCCUGUACAACUACAUCGACACUCAGACCAAGUUCUACUUUGUUCCCUGGUUUGGUCUUGCUGGUGCUCUCCUUACUCUACUCUUCCUUCCAGACACGACCGGUCUGGAUCUCAAGGAGCAAGAGCGUCGCUGGGCAUACAUUCGAGCGGGCAAAGAGCACGACUACCACGGUAUUGCCAUCCACUGGAAGCACCUGUCCUGGUGGGAGCGCUUCCGUGGCCAGCACAAGGAUUACGACGCCAAGCUCGACUACGAGCAGAAGAUUACCGAGAUGCGCGCAGAGUGGCUCGAACGCCAGCAACACAAGUUCUCUGAGAAGAACGGCUGGGAAGGUGCUGACCCUGACGAGGACGACCACCUUGAUGUACACAACUACUUCAAGCGCACCACACCCGGCUCGCCAAAGGGCCCUGAGCCUAUGAUGGCGCCUAAGUCUGCGUCGGAAAGCGACUCGGCGGAUGAGAUUACGAGGGAGAAGAAUGGACAGCUCUAG